AUGGCGGGCGCCGGGCCCAGCAGCGCGCCCUACGACCAGGAGCUCCAACUGGAGCGGCUAUUCCACGGCCUCUCUCAGGGGUUUCAGAGACUGGACAAGCUGCCCGAGAGCAAGCAACAUACGCUGCUCAAAGAGCUGACGGCGGACAUGCAAGAGGCCAAGACGUUGAUACGCGAGUUUGAGCGCGAGGCGCGCACCGACGGCAUGCCCGCCAACGAGCUCAACUUCCGCAAGAAGCAGUAUGUGCAGGAGCUCAACGGCUUCAUCGGCCUGAAGAAGGCCUACAGCGGCGCUGCGGCGCAGCGUUCAGAGCUGCUGGAGGGCGCCAAGAGCGAGACAGAGAAGCUGUCGACCAUGAACACCACGGAGCUCAUGCAGCUGGGGCGCCAGCAGAUGAAGGAGACGGACGUCUCGCUGCUGCGGUCGGAGAAAAUCGUGAAUGACACCAUGGCCAUUGGCAUCCAGACAGCAGAGACACUGCAGGGACAGACUCGGCAGCUGGAGAAGGUCAUAGACGAUCUGGACGAGAUCCACUUCACCAUGAAGAAGGCACGGCAGGUCAUCCGGGACAUGACGCGCAGCCUGAUGACUGACAAGCUCAUCAUGGCUCUGAUCCUGCUGGUGGUGUUGGGCAUCGUGGCGAUCAUCGUGCUCAACAUCCUCAAGGCACAAGGAGUAUCGCUGCCCGGGAGCCGGCGGCGGCAGCUGCUUUGGGAGCCGGAGGGUGACCGCCUCUUGUGA